AUGGAGAAGCUGGUUUUGCUGUUGGCGUUGAGUGCCACCGCGCUAGCAUGUGAUAUAACAUGGCCGAAUGGAACGGAUACCACUUUCCAUUGGUUUCAAUGUAAUUCUGGCCCGGUUAUGUUCUACAAUGCUACACCGUUCGAUCAGACAGGAAAAAAUUACGAGUACCCGAUCCAUCUUGGUGCACCAAUCAUGGUAAAAUGUGACGUGCUGAAUCCAACUCAUGUCUAUUCAUCGCCACACCUUAGACUCACCGUCAACAUUUGGUCAUGGGGUACAUCGCUAGGCGGUUGUGCUUGGAGUGCAGUGCCUACAUUCGGGUUACUGAGUAAUCAGGAUGCUUGUGCUCAUGGUGUUCCGUGCCCGGUUAAGACCGGUCGUCAAGAGUUGGACGUGAUCGUGGAUUUCACCCAGUACCAACAGAUUAUUGAUCUGUUGAAAGACGAUGCACCGUAUCAAUUGGAUAUGGUAUACAGUGUUUUCGUAUUACUGGCAAUAGUUGGGACAGUAACUUCGUCAUGUCAAACAUGGCCAAAUGGAACGGACACGAAAUUCCAUUGGUGGCAAUGUAGCAGUGGCCCAGUGAAGUACUACAGUGCGGAGCCUUACGACGAAACAGGCACCAAGAUGGUAUAUCCAAUUCACCUUAGCGCACCAGCAGUGAUACGAUGCGAUAUGGAAAAUCCAAAGAACGUCUACACGUCACCUUCUCUCAGACUAAAAAUCAAACUCUGGUUGUGGGGAACUCCAUUGGGAGGAUGCGAAUGGUUUCCAGUACCUACUCUUGGAUUACUAAAUAAUUUGGAUGCAUGUCAACACGGUAUCAAAUGCCCCAUUCCGAUAGGACGACAGAAAAUGGAUGUUGUGGUAGACUUCACCAAAUUUAGCGCUAUAGUACAUCUACUGAAGGAUGAUAAACCGUACCAAUUACAGUAUGAAUUGCACGAUGAGUCGAGCGGCGAUACAUCGUGCAUUGUAGCUCAAGCUAGGGCAAGAACAGUUUAA